AUGGGCGUGCUAUUCUAUCUUAGCUAUGUUGCCAUUCUAGUGACCUUUGCUUUCAUCACAUUGUCAAUCGCGAGCGGGCUCCUUUACAUCUCCGAACUCAUUGAAGAGCAUUCCCAACUUGCAAAAAUUGUGGGUCAGAGGACAACUUAUAUCAUCAUACUGUUCCAUGUAACUCUUUACUUCACCGAUGCACUACCGCUCAAGCAUACUCUCUUUUCCAUUUUCUGCCAUAUGGUUUACCUUCAAAACUUUUCAAACACAUGGCCAGUCAUCCCACUCACAUCGUUUGUCUUCCUCGCCUCUUGCUUGUUGGUCAUCGCCGACCAUUUUCUCUGGUUCUUCCACUUUGCACACCUAACGCAAGAUGCAAGACACCAGAGGAACUAUCAAGGGCGAGGGGCAAUAACAGCUCCAUCAUUCACAGAGAUCGUAACUUUCUUCGGCGCCUGCGUAUGGUUGACACCCUUAUUUAUUUUUCUGAGUCUCAGCGCCAACGAUAACGCAAUUCCGCUCCGGUCAGCUGAACCGAGUUCUCCCUCCGUAAAUAAGACAAAAUUUGCUCCUCAGCAACCUCGCCAGUCGCUGCUACGUUCUAUAUUAUCGAAACUUCCAGGAUCCAAGUUCUCCCGCACCGAAGGUCUCAUUGCUCCUCCAUCUCCUUACCACUCGGCAUCAAUACCGUCUGACGAUACGGCUUUGCGCUCGCCUUCCAUUGGGGGCUUGUAUCAAAACGCAUUAUCUCCUCCACCGAAAUCACCUGGUCCUCGACAAUCGCAGGACUUUUUCUCAAUCAAAAAUUCAAGCUCAGGCAGCUUCCAACUCUCUACACCUCCGCGAAGGUCACAAUCGACGCUUCGGAGCAGUAAUAUUAGAGAAGGGGAGGGUGCUGAGUUAACUCCGAAAAGAAUAGGGCUGGGUUUACGAAGGGCAGCGAGCUCAAGUGGUGGACCUUUGGGUAUCAAGGAAGAUGAUUAG